GUCCCCGAUCGACGCGCACAACACAGCGCCCACACACACACAGACAGUCUUACGCGACGACACACACGCAAGGCGGACGGACAUGGAUAUGAGAGGAGGGCACAACAUGGGCGGCAUGGCACCGCCGCCGUCCCCUCACGGCGGCAUGCGGAAGCGCUACGUCCACAUGACCUUCUUCUGGGGCAAGAACUCGGAGAUCCUCUUCACGGGGUGGCCCGGCGCGCGCGGCGGCAUGUACGCGCUGGCGCUCGUCGCCGUCUUCGCGUUCGCGCUCCUGCUCGAGUUCCUAGGCUCCCGCCGCCUGGACGCGCUCCUCUCCGCCGCGGCCGGCCGGCGCGCGGCAGCGGCGGGGGCGGCGCGCACGGCGGUGUAUGCCCUGCGCGUGGGUGGGGCGUACCUGCUCAUGCUGGCGCUCAUGUCGUUCAACGGCGGCGUGCUCCUCGUUGCAGUCGCGGGCCACGCCGCUGGCUUCCUGGCGUUCAGGGCCGGCCUGUUCGGCGACCGGCGGGCGCAGGUGGAGGGCGACGGCAAGGAUGAGGUCGCGCCGGUCGUGUGCUGUUAGGCUCGUCCGUUGUCGCCCGCGGCGGUGCCCAUGACGAUUCGGUGGGUUUGUCUAUGUCAACGGUGCAUGCAUCGUUCGGGCCGGCGCGUUCAAUGGAUCCGUGUUGCUGUUUGGUUGAAAUCAAGAUGCAUGGCGAUCGACAUGCAGUUGUAAGCUUAGGUUUCGGUGAUAAAUUGUGAAUCUCUUGGCUGUAUCCUAUUCAGACAUAGUCUUCAGUCA